GUGCCGCAGCCUUUGGCCCGGAAGUGCAAGGUGCCGGGGGCGGAAGCGCUGCUUUACGAACAGCUUCGCAGGAGACGUACAGUCAUUGCUUCUAUGCCACCUCCAUCUUACCACUGAAAUGAAGCAAGACUCUGUUAGGAGCGCUGCCUACACUGUGGACUGCGAAGAUUAUGUGCACGUGGUGGAGUUCUGUCCGUUUGAUAGCGGAGAGGCUUGUUCCCUAAUUGCAUAUGGCGGUAACAAUUAUGUCGUUGUAGGAACUUGCAGGUUUCCGGAGGAAGAUGCAGAAGUGGAAGGAAUACAAUAUAAGAUGCUAAGAACAUUUCAUCAUGGGAUCAGAGUUGAUGCCAUAGCAUGGAGUCCAGAAACCAGACUCAAUUCUUUACCUCCCCAGAUAAGGUUUUGUACUGCAGCUGCUGAUAGGAAGUUAAGGCUGUUCACUUCAGACCUCCAGGAGAAGAAUGAAUAUAAGAUUUUUGAUGGCCACUCAGAUUACAUUAAUGACUUGGUAUUUGCACCUAAAGAAGGUCAGGUGAUUGCAAGUGUGGGAGAUGAUCACACCUGCAGGGUUUGGGAUCUGGAAGGAAAUCAAAAGGCUUAUUUUGUUCUUCGUUCCCCUGGAGUGAGUGUGUGCUGGCAUCCUGAGGAGGCUUUUAAGUUGAUGGUAGCAGAGAAGAAUGGAACGAUACGAUUCUACGAUCUCACUACACAGCAAGCCAUUCUGUCUCUUGAGUCCGGACAAAUGCCGCUGAUGUCAGCAGACUGGUGUUUAAAAAACACCUUUAGAAUUGGAGCGGUAGCUGGGAAUGAUUGGCUAAUCUGGGAUAUCAGGUCCAGGUAUCCACAAGAUAAAAGACCUGUCCACGCAGAUCGAGCCAAAUUAUUCAGGUGGUCCCGAGUGAAUGAAAAUUUGUUUGCGACUACUGGCUAUCCAGGAAAGAUGUCUAGUCAACUUCUAGUUCAUCAUUCAGGACAUCCUCAGCCCAUUCUUGUUGGCUCAGCAGCUGUAGGAUCUGGUCUGACCUGGCACAGAACUCUUCCAUUAUGCGCAGUUGGAGGAGAUCAUAAGAUUUUCUUUUGGAUAACAGAAAUGUAAAUAAACAUCUAUUGUGAUUGUUAAA